CUACGUUCUUAAGGAGAAUUUAGGAUCUUUAUUAAGCUGGGCGUUAAGGAUGACAGAAAUGGUAUCGGAUACACAAAGCUGAAUUAUUUAUAAUCCCAUCUUCUUCGUUCCCCGCAGAAAUACGAGGAUUUUGCUGGCUUCGCCUAGACAAUCUCGGGCUUUCUGUUAUUCAGUUCAGUCCGGGCUUAAUUUACUUCAAAGAGCAUUGAUCGUUCAUGAAAUUCUGGAUUAACAAAGUUGUUGUUUCCAAUUACUGUUUUGAGAGGGAGUUAUAUUAACGCUUCAACGUUUUGUGAGAAGAUAUGAUGGUACACUGUUUAAAGCGGAGAAUUUUUAAUGGAAAUAGUAAUGCUAAAGAUUAAUAUGUGAACAGUUGAAGUUUUUCAUGGAUACGAAAGGUCUUUCAAAGACACGGAAUUAAAAUGGAAAACAGAACUGAUAUACAACUUUUACCACGUUCAUUCAAAUGUUAAACAAGUUUACAAAGGUCAACGAGACGAGUGAUUUGUGAUGAAAUAUUAUUCUUGACGUAUAUUGUGUGUGAAAAAGUUCUUCUUGGAUAAUACUAGUUAUAAAUAUGAUGUAACACUUCUAUGUCCCUAUCUACGGCACAUGCGAGGAUUACAACAAAUGUCCGGAGUAACCUGAUGAUUUCAAGGUCACGUGUGUCAAGGUCACCGGAAUGCUUGUAAUAACCUACAAUAACAGUUUUGAUGAAGUCAAUAGUGACGAUGAUUUUGACAAAAUUGAAGUACUAUCAUCACAAAUUGAAACCGUCGACGAGUUUUUUCUUGUCCCCAUAGCUAACUUGAGUGAAAGGGAAGUUGAGAUGCUAGACCGGAAGGAGCUCGAGAGGAAGCGGAUCGUCCGGGCGGUUGCGCUUGUGUCAGGCAUCCUCUUCCUGGUUAGCGUUGCUUUGGUUACGGUGUCCCUCUUCAUGGCCAAAGAUAUUGACGAAAUGGUUCGCAACUCCAACGAAAUGUUGAAGAAACACAACGACCGGAUGGCCGAGACGUAUAGUGACGUCACGACUGAUGUCAAUACAACCUUUAACGUUUGAUGUGAAGACUAAGCGACAUUAACUCACUGUAUAUAUGCAAUAUUCCAUCUAGCAACGAUUCAACAGACCAGGUUCACAGUAUAUGCACUAACCGUGACAUUUUCAGACGAAAUGGAAUGUGAUAUCCAUAUAAAAUGAUAUAUGUCGCUCAUAGUUUGUAAAUACAUACAUUCAUGAGCAUGGAUGAUAUCUAAAACAUUCCUUUCAUUUUUCGGCUUGAACACAUUAAAGGAAAUUCUUUUUGACUACCGAAGUGUCAAAAAGCCCCAUCGAUAUUUGGCUGCUUUCAAAGUUUGGUCAAACUUUCGAUAUUCCAGAAAAAAUUCAUGGAGCGGUUUAAAUUAUUGAAAUACAAGCUAUUUAAUGUUUUCCCAUCGGACAGGUUACGUCUUGUGUUCCUUAAUGACAGAGAGACUUUAGUGAGGAAGAUGUCUGCUCUAUAUUUGCCACAUGAUAAACCCACCGAGGGCAUGAUGGAUGGAACAGAGACUUCUAAUGCUCAUCCAGAAACUCCCCGUCAGGACAAACCGAUGAACGAUGAGUGCUCCGACUUUUAGUUUCUUCAAAUGGCCCUGAACAAAUAUGUAGGUGACUGUUAUUAUAGCUAUGCAAACAACCAUGUAUUAUAAUAUCACUUUAUACGGUUGGGAGUGUUAAUAUUGUUAUAGAUUUUAGAAUAACACAACAAUAUGUACAAAUUUCCUUAUUUUAUUUCGAAUCAUCGGACAAACUCAUAGUUUGCUCUUAUACGAACCUGGUGGACACGAUACAUGUUCGUCAUCCCCAAUUGCCAUGGUCUGGUCUUGCGCCAAUAUUUGUCGUUUUAUUAUACAAUCAUUGUGGAAACGUUUUUCCCAUAUUGGUCUGAUUUUUUAGAAUCGGCUGAAAUCGAGUAAGCUAUACUUGUGUGUUUUCGAUCUAUAUCUUAUUAGAUAGCCAGAAAUAACAACGAAUUUCUUGUUAGAAACAUAGGCAAAUUAUGAAAUACG